UGAGAAGGACUCUUGUGGUUUGAAUUUUGAUCCUAUGAUUGACUCGGGUCCUUCUCGAUUCUUGCGACCUUAUCAUCUUGAUGAUGCAGGAGAAAGACCAGUUGGUCUUCCAUAAGAUACUCUAGGCAAACCGGGUUUUCUUGGAACAGUUUCAAGCUAUGGUCGGCAUCGUAUGGAUGGUUUUGUCUCUAGAAGUCCAGGCAGUGACUAUUCAGGGAUAUCGUCACACAGAUUUGAAGGACGUCCUAGUGAUGAGAUAGAUGGCAGGGAGCGUGGAUUCGAUGAUAGAUUUUCAGGUUUUCCUGGAAAUAUGCAUAGGGUGGGUUUGAGAGUUCUGAUCACAUGACAGAGCAUUUUGGUCUAGAUACACGACCUCCGCACUUCAUCAGGGGUGAAAAUUUUGGUCAUCAUAACAUGCCUGGUCAGGUGCGGAUGGAAGGACCUAUUGGCUUUGGUGAGUUUUCGAGCCAUGAACACAUGGGAGAUUUUGAUGGGUCUGGAAACUUCCGUCAACCACGACUUGGUGAACCUGGAUUUAGAAGCAGCUAUUCGCUUAGAGAAUUUCCUAAUGAUGGUGGAAUAUAUACAGGUGAUAUGGAUUCAUUUGAAAAUUUGAUAAAGAGAAAACCGGCGAGCAUGGGUUGGUGCCGUAUUUGUAAAGUGGACUGUGAAACAGUUGAAGGCUUGGACAUGCACUCACAAACAAGGGAGCACCAGAAGAUGGCUAUGGAUAUGGUCGUGAUCAUCAAACAAAAUGCAAAGAAACUGAAACAGUUGCUGACAUGUUAAUGGAGAUGGUUUUGGAACUGAAGUUCAGUGGCAAUUUUUUCAAUUCAACACCACUUUUUUCGACGAAGCAGACAACAUAAUGGCUGAAAGGGUCAG